GCGUUCCUAUCUAUAUUUACUAUAAAUGAUAACCAGGCAACUUACUGCGAAGCUCGCCACACCCCCUUUCGAGGAACGCCAUUUUGUUGACAUACACACUUGCAAUCAAAAUAAGCUCUUUAAAAGGAGCUUUUAACACACGCAUGGACAUGACAUGUAAAGCCUGUCAUUGAAAUAUGCGCAGAGUCCCAAUCACAGCCACGACAGAUAAAAAGACGCUCUCCUGUUAGCAAAACAGGGUGUUUGAAGUCUCCGGCCACCCAUUUCAACAUGAAACUCGCCGCGAUUGACGUCACCGAGCCAUCUUUGUUCACCUAAUCCAGGCGUCUGUUUAUUACACCUUCAUUACUGCACGGACCCGGACAGCGCUAGGCUCUAGUAAUAGCCUGCAGGUGCCACAUCACCGUAGAAAUAGGAAAAGAGGUUUUGUAUAGAGGGGACACAGCUCAGUGGCAGAUACGAGUUCAGAGUUCCUUCAAGGCUAUAUAGGCAGGGAAACGCCACAAUAACCAACCAAAGGGUGCCAGAGGGAAGAGAGGAGCGCAGAAGCCAAUCCACAUCCAUCUGCCAGCCACUUAGCAAGCGCUAACAUUUCCAGUCCGGAUCUCAGCACAGCUGUCUAGCCAAUACUACCAGGAUAAUGUCUGCCCCAGCCGCUGGAGCCCCUGCAGCAGAGGGAGCAAAUAAUCCACCUCCCAAUCUUACCAGCAACCGUCGUCUGCAGCAGACGCAGGCACAGGUGGAUGAGGUGGUGGAUAUCAUGCGUGUAAACGUGGAUAAGGUUCUGGAGCGUGAUCAGAAGCUGUCAGAACUGGACGAUCGGGCUGACGCCCUGCAGGCUGGAGCUUCUCAGUUUGAGACCAGUGCUGCAAAACUGAAGAAUAAAUACUGGUGGAAGAAUGCUAAGAUGAUGAUUAUCCUGGGUGUGAUAUGUGUGAUUGUCCUCAUCGUCAUUAUUGUGUACUUCAGCACCUAAGAAGAGUUGCUCCUACCCCAGUCUAAUCGCAGCUUCCUUGCUACA